GCUGCCUGAUCGUCCACAUCUUUGAAAUGCAGCCCGCACCCACACCUUAUUGGAAUGCUCUUUGUUCCUCAAGAAGUGAAGCCAUGGGAUUAAUAAUCCGAGCAGGAUUAAAAAUACGUGGACAGCGACACAUCGGCAUGGUGGGAACGUGGGAACGUGGCAACGCGUCCGCGGCGGCUAAUCCAAAUAACGGCGAGGAUCUUUAAAGACCGGCACAGAACCCGUUAGAGAGUUGGCCCGUAGAAGCAUCCAAGAGAAUGAGGAUCAAGUACACCAUACCCGUGGUCUUCUUGGUGGCACUCGUGAUCAUCGAGAAGGAGAGCAACAUCAUCUCCAGGGUGUCGGAUAAGAUGACGUCGAAGCAGACCCCCCAGACCCCGGUUCAACCAGGCGUCCGGUCCAGCGCGGUGAGGAGGCGCAACGCUUCUGUGGCUUCGCUCGGCAAACUGAGCUCGGCGGUGACGCUGAUGAAGCGCCGCCCGGACAACGACAGCGACUACCAGGCGACAGCCAACGGCAAGAAGCACAUCCUCCUCCUGGCAACCACCAGGACGGGUUCCUCCUUCGUGGGCGAGUUCUUCAACCAGCAGGGUGACAACAUGUUCUACCUGUUUGAGCCUUUGUGGCACGUGGAGAAGAUGCUGACGCUGGAGACGGGCGGAACCAACGCCACGGCCGCCGCCAAGGCGUACCGUGAGGUGCUCCGGCAGCUCUUCCUGUGCGACUUCUCCCUGCUGGAGAGCUUCAUCCACCCCCUCCCCGUAGACCAUGUUACCGCCUCACUUUUCCGCAGGGAGUCCAGCAGCUCCCUGUGCAGGGAGGCGGUCUGCAGCCCCUUUGUGAAGGGGGUCUUUGAGCGCUAUCACUGCAGGAGCAGGCGCUGCGGGCCCCUCAACCUCACCAUGGCGUCGGAGUCCUGCCUCCGCAAGGAGCACAGAGCCAUCAAAUCGGUCAGGGUGCGCCAGCUGGAAAACCUGCGCCCCCUUAUCGAGGACCGGCGUCUGGACUUGAAAUUCAUUCAGCUGGUUCGGGAUCCCCGCGCCGUGCUGGCGUCCCGCAUGGUGGCGUUUGGCGCCAAAUACAAGAACUGGAAGCAGUGGGCCACGGACGGAGAUGUACCCAUUGACGACGACGAAGUCAAGAAGCUGAAGAGCAACUGCGACACCAUCAGGAUCUCCGCCGAGGCGGGCUUGAAGCACCCGGCGUGGCUGCGUGGACGCUACAUGCUAGUGCGCUACGAGGACAUCGCCCGUUUCCCCAUGAGGAAGGCCGCCGAGAUGUACAAAUUCACCGGGAUCCCCUUCACGCCCAAAGUGAAAGCGUGGAUCCUGAAAAACACGCGGGCCUCCAAGGAAACCGGCGGCGUUUACUCCACGCAGAAGAACUCCUCCGAGCAGGUGGAGAAGUGGAGAUUCACAUUGCCCUUCAAAAUAGUACAGGUGGUCCAAGAAGUCUGCGGACCCACGCUAACGCUUUUUGGCUACAAAUUUGUCACAAGCGAGGAAAUGCUAACGGACAAAUCCAUAAGUUUGAUCCAGGAUAAAGUCUUUGACUUUUUAUAGACCUUUUCCAAACUCAUAUUUAUUAGCUUCUAGAUGAUUUUUUUAUGCUGAUAUUUAACAUAUUUAAGAUAGUCGGUGGAUGUAGUGUUGAGCACGGGUAAAAUAUUAGCAUCCUAGCCUGUUCCUUGCAGGUCAAAGCUAGCUUUGUUUGUGCACUCCGGACUAUUCCGUCACUCCCAAACACAACGUUCCUUGUCGUGAGAGCAAAUAUGAGCAUUCCUUAAAGAGAAAGUUAAUAGGGGUUGUAAACAUUAACAAGCUAGCCCUGGGAAACCCCGCUAACUGUUUACGUUGUGCAGCUCCUGACUUGGCUAAGCUAAGAACGUCCAAAUUAAAUAAAGUGGCAGCUUUAUAAAUAAAGAAAUAAAUAAAAAGAAACUGGAAGAGGAACUUCCCUGGACAUUCCUCUUCCUGUGCGCUUUGCAGGUUCAUGCGACUUGAAGCUAACUUGGGGACUUUGAAGUCCCGGUGGUGACUCGAAGGACCAAUUUGGCCCAAAGCAGAUGUUGACACUGCUGCCCGAAUGCAAACAUGGCGUCUGCAGCUGGUUUGCAGAUUGGUGCAAAGUUUGUUUGCGAGUCUCCCGUCUGUUGACACACGUCUCCUAGCUAGUGAUGGACACGGAGGGAACCAAAAAGAGGUCUUGAUGCUUCCUGACGAUCCAGAUUGGGUCUUUUUCAUCGCAAUAAAGUUGCUUUUUACACACGCUUGUAAGUCCUGUCAUUGCGUGGUUAGCACGGCGUCGCUUAUGCUAGUUUAGGACUUUGCCGCUCUUAUCUCUUUGACCCAUCGUUGAGCAAUGGCGGCGUAAUAAGAGAAGUGAAUGUAGUCCAUCAAACACAAAUGACCCACUUCUGUUUUUUGGCUACUUCCUGGUUCACGCUAUAUUUGUGUUUUUUUUUUAUUCACUAGGCAACCAGAUAAAUAUUCUUUGAAUAAAUAUCAUACAUUUACUUCUUUGGUUUCAGGGAAUGGUGGCUGAAUCCGUAAGCUAACUCGCUAGCAACCUAGCUAGCAAUCUAGCUAGUGAACAAUCAAUAUAAAACCUCAAAGUUUACCACAUUUAGUAAAGUAAACACAUAUAAUGAUAACUAUUAAUGCUGUAAUUUAUAAGAAAAGGUAUAACUAUGUCCAAUUUUAUUACAUUUAUAAUAAUACAAGAAAACAAUAGACGCUAUAUGUUAAUGCUACAUGCUAACAACUUUGUUGUGAGCUCACUGAGUAUUUCUUCUCAUUAGC